CAGACGCGGUUUCUGAGCUCUUUUCCUGCUUUCCUAGCGUCCGUCGGCCUCACUGAGGAGCAGAAGGAAUUCCAGAGCCUUGCCCUAGAUUUUGCUGCCAAAGAGAUGGCUCCUCACAUGGCUGAGUGGGAUGCGAAGGAGAUUUUCCCUGUGGACACAAUGCGGAAGGCAGCCCAGCUAGGAUUUGGUGGGGUCUACGUGAAACCAGACGUCGGUGGCUCUGGAUUGUCACGACUUGAUACCUCCAUAAUCUUUGAAGCUCUGUCAACGGGAUGUACCAGCACCACUGCUUAUAUGAGCAUCCACAACAUGUGUGUCUGGAUGAUCGACACCUUUGGCACCGAGGAGCAGAGACGCAGGUUCUGCCCGUCGCUCUGCAGCAUGGAGCAGUUUGCUUCUUACUGCCUGACGGAGCCAGGAAGUGGGAGCGAUGCAGCUUCCCUGCUGACCUCGGCUCGGAGGAAAGGGGACACCUACAUCCUGAAUGGCUCCAAGGCCUUCAUCAGCGGAGCAGGGGACACGGAUGUCUACGUGGUGAUGUGCCGCACGGGAGGCCCAGGCCCCAAGGGCAUCUCCUGCCUGGUGCUGGAGAAGGGAACGCCUGGGCUCAGCUUUGGGAAGAAGGAGAAGAAGGUGGGCUGGAAUUCCCAGCCAACUCGGGCUGUGAUCUUUGAGGACUGCGUUGUUCCUGUCGGCAACCGGCUGGGAGCUGAAGGGCAGGGCUUCAGCAUCGCCAUGAAGGGCCUCAAUGGGGGCAGGAUAAACAUCGCUUCCUGUUCGUUAGGAGCUGCUCACGCCUCUGUCCUCCUGGCUCGGGAGCAUCUCACCGUCCGCAAGCAGUUUGGGGAACCCCUGGCAAACAACCAGGUAACCUCCGCUCCCGGGGCUGGGAGGGGAC